ACCCUUCAUCUGCCAUCCCACCCACCUGAGUUCUCCAAUCUUCCAUCCCCAACUCUGCUAUACAUACCCUUUUCAAUUUUCUUGAGUGCCCUGCAAUUUCCAUGGCCAAGAUCAAGAGAAUCUGUACUCUUCUGCUCAGGCUCAUUGCCUUUGGAACCACACUAGCAGCUGCAAUUGUUAUGGCUACUAGCCAUGAGACCAGUUCCUUCUUUGCUGUGUCGUUUGAAGCUAAGUACAGUGACACUCCUGCCUUCAAGUACUUUGUGAUUGCAAAUGCAAUUGCCAGCGUUUAUGGAUUCUUAGUUCUCUUUCUUCCUUCAGAUAGCCUGCUCUGGCGAUUAGUCGUUGCCAUGGAUGUGGUUGUGACGAUGUUGUUGACAUCAAGCGUUUCGGCGGCACUGGCGAUUGGUCAGGUGGGAAAGAAAGGGAAUUCAAAUGCAGGGUGGUUACCGAUCUGUGGGCAAGUUCCAAAGUACUGUAACCAAGUGACAGGAGCAUUAGCUGCUGGAUUCGUUGCUGUCAUAACUUAUGCAGUUCUCCUUCUCUAUGCUAUUCACGCUGUUCUUAAUCCUCUUCUUGUUCAAAAAACCUAGAUAACCUUAGCUCUCUCGAGUCUCCAGGCAUCUUAUAUAUGAUUUUUAUUACAAAGUGAUGUCGUUUCAUUUCUGUUUGUAUACUCUUCUUCUGUCUCCUCUCUUGUGGAGGGUAAUAAAUGGACAUUAUGCAAGUAAAAAAGACAAUAACAUAAUCUAUGUAUAUCCUAAGAGUUGACAUAUAGCAUCUUUUAAAAAUAGUAUGAAUUUGCUAUUUUAACA